AUGAAAAAUAUCGAUAAGUAUCGAAAAGAUAUCGAUAAGUAUCGAAAAGAUAUCGAUAAGUAUCGAAAAGAUAUAGAUAAGUUUCGAAAAGAUAUCGAAAAGUAUCGAAAAGACAUCGAAAAGUAUCGAAAAGUUAUCGAAAAGUAUCGAAAAGAUAUCGAAAAGUGUCGAAAAGUUAUCGAAAAGUAUCGAAAAGAUAUCGAAAAGUAUCGAAAAGAUAUCGAAAAGUAUCGAAAAGAUAUCGAAAAGUAUCGAAAAGAUAUCGAAAAGUAUCUAUAUAUAUCGAAAAUAUCGAUAUAUAAGUACCGAAAAGAUAUCGAAAAGUACCGAAAAGAUAUCGAAAAGUACCGAAAAGAUAUCGAAAAGUAUCGAAAAGAUAUCGAAAAGUAUCGAAAAGAUAUCGAAAAGUAUCGAAAAGAUAUCAAAAAGUAUCGAUAUAUCGAUAAGUAUCGAAAAGAUAUCGAAAAGUAUCGAUAUAUCGAUAAAAAAGAUAUCGAAAAGUACCGAAAAGAUAUCGAUAAGUACCGGAAUGAUAUCGAAAAGUACCGAAAAGAUAUCGAAAAGUACCGAAAAGAUAUCGAAAAGUACCGAAAAGAUAUCGAAAAGUACCGAAAAGAUAUCGAAAAGUACCGAAAAGAUUUCGAAAAGUACCGAAAAGAUAUCGAAAAGUACCGAAAAGAUAUCGAAAAGUACCGAAAAGAUAUCGAAAAUUACCGAAAAGAUAUCGAAAAGUACCGAAAAGAUAUCGAAAAGUACCGAAAAGAUAUCGAAAAGUACCGAAAAGAUAUCGACAAGUACCGAAAAGAUAUCGACAAGUACCGAAAAGAUAUCGACAAGUACCGAAAAGAUAUCGAAAAGUACCGAAAAGAUAUCGAAAAGUAUCGAAAAGAUAUCGAAAAGUAUCGCAAAGAUAUCGAAAAGUAUCGAAAAGAUAUCGAAAAGUAUCGAUAUAUCGAUAAGUAUCGAUAUAUCGAAAAUAUCGAAAAGAUAUCGAAAAGAUCGAAAAGUAUCGAGAAGAUAUCGCAAAGUAUCGAUAUAUCGAUAAGUAUCGAUAUAUCGAAAAGUAUCGAUAUAUCGAUAAUAUCGAUAUAUAAUGAAAAGUAUCGAAAAGAUAUCGAUAAGUAUCGAAAAGAUAUCGAUAAGUAUCGAAAAGAUAUCGAUAAGUAUCGAAAAGAUAUCGAUAAGUAUCGAAAUUUUAUAGAUAAGUAUCGAAAAGAUAUCGAAAAGUAUCGAAAAGAUAUCGAAAAGUAUCGAAAAGACAUCGAAAAGUAUCGAAAAGAUAUCGAAAAGAUAUCGAAAAGUAUCGAAAAGAUAUCGAAAAGUAUCGAAAAGAUAUCGAAAAGUACCGAAAAAAUAUCGAAAAGUAUCGAUAUAUCGAAAAAUAUCGAUAAGUAUCGAAAAGAUAUCGAUAAGUAUCGAAAAGAUAUCGAUAAGUAUCGGAAAGAUAACGAUAAGUAUCGAAAAGAUAUAGAUAAGUUUCGAAAAGAUAUCGAAAAGUAUCGAAAAGACAUCGAAAAGUAUCGAAAAGUUAUCGAAAAGUAUCGAAAAGAUAUCGAAAAGUAUCGAAAAGUUAUCGAAAAGUAUCGAAAAGAUAUCGAAAAGUAUCGAAAAGAUAUCGAAAAGUAUCGAAAAGAUAUCGAAAAGUAUCGAAAAGAUAUUGAAAAGUAUCGAAAAGAUAUCGAAAAGUAUCUAUAUAUAUCGAAAAUAUCGAUAUAUAAGUACCGAAAAGAUAUCGAAAAGUACCGAAAAGAUAUCGAAAAGUACCGAAAAGAUAUCGAAAAGUAUCGAAAAGAUAUCGAAAAGUAUCGAAAAGUUAUCGAAAAGUAUCGAAAAGAUAUCAAAAAGUAUCGAUAUAUCGAUAAGUAUCGAAAAGAUAUCGAAAAGUAUCGAUAUAUCGAUAAUAUCGAUAUAUCGAUAAGUAUUGAUAUAUCCGAUAUAUCGAUAAGUAUCGAUAUAUCGAAAAAUAUCGAAAAGUACCGAAAAGAUAUCCAAAAGUACGGAAAAGGUAUCGAAAAGUACCGAAAAGGUAUCGAAAAGUACCGAAAAUAUAUCGAAAAGUAUCGAAAAGAUAUCGAAAAGUAUCGAAAAAAUAUCGAAAAGUAUCGAAAAGAUAUUGAAAAGUAUCGAAAAGAUAUCGAAAAGUAUCUAUAUAUAAUGAAAAUAUCGAUAUAUAAUGAAAAGUAUCGAAAAGAUAUCGAUAAGUAUCGAAAAGAUAUCGAUAAGUAUCGAAAAGAUAUCGAUAAGUAUCGAAAAGAUAUCGAUAAGUAUCGAAAAGAUAUAGAUAAGUAUCGAAAAGGUAUCGAUAAGUAUCGAAAAGAUAUCGAAAAGUAUCGAAAAGAUAUCGAAAAGUAUCGAAAAGACAUCGAAAAGUAUCGAAAAGAUAUCGAAAAGAUAUCGAAAAGUAUCGAAAAGAUAUCGAAAAGUAUCGAAAAGAUAUCGAAAAGUAUCUAUAUAUAUCGAAAAAAUCGAUAUAUCGAUAAGUACCGAAAAGAUAUCGAAAAGUACCGAAAAGAUAUCGAAAAGUACCGAAAAGAUAUCGAAAAGUACCGAAAAGAUAUCAAAAAGUACCGAAAAGAUAUCGAAAAGUACCGAAAAGAUAUCGAAAAGUACCGAAAAGAUUUCGAAAAGUACCGAAAAGAUAUCGAAAAGUACCGAAAAGAUAUCGAAAAGUACCGAAAAUAUAUCGAAAAGUACCGAAAAGAUAUCGAAAAGUACCGAAAAGAUAUCGAAAAGUACCGAAAAGAUAUCGAAAAGUACCGAAAAGAUAUCGAAAAGUACCGAAAAGAUAUCGACAAGUACCGAAAAGAUAUCGAAAAGUACCGAAAAGAUAUCGAAAAGUAUCGAAAAGAUAUCGAAAAGUAUCGUUAA